GCUCCUCAUUCUUCAUAUCCCUCUCUCCCUUUACUCUCUUAAGCUACUUCUCUUCUUCUCUUUGUGUUGAUGUGAUUCUCCACUAUUCUCUCUCAAAGACCCAUCAACCUUUACAAAAGGAAGAAAGAUCAAGAACCCAACACCAUGGUUUUUUCCUCAAUCCCAUAUCUUGAUCCAGCCAACUGGCAACAACAAUCAAGCGCAAGUGUUAGUGCAACGACUCAGCUUCCUCCUCCACCACCACUUCCUCCUCCACCUCCACAGCCUCAUGGUAGUGGAGGUGCAGCAGGGUCUAUCCGGCCUGGUUCCAUGGCAGAUCGAGCCAGGAUGGCUAACAUACCGAUGCCAGAGGCAGCAUCAAAGUGUCCAAGAUGUGAAUCUACAAACACCAAGUUUUGUUAUUUCAAUAACUACAGUCUCACGCAGCCUCGUCACUUUUGCAAGACUUGCAGAAGGUACUGGACUCGAGGGGGUGCGUUGAGGAACGUCCCGGUCGGAGGAGGUUGCCGCAGGAACAAGAGAAGCAAAGGAAGCAGCUCCAAGUCUCCUGCCAGCAGCGACCGACAGACGGCGUCUGGAUCCUCCAGCACGAUUUCCUCCGGAAGCACAGAUAUUUUACGCAUCGGACCUCAGAUUCCGCAGCUGUCGUUCAUGGCUCCGUUGCAUCAUCUAACUGAAUAUGGAACCGGCGAUAUGGCGUUGAAUUAUGGAGGAUUUUCUGCUCCAAAUUUGGGCGCUAAUGACAUGAAUUUUCAGAUAGGAAGCGCGUUGGCUCCCGGCGCCGCCGGCACAGUAGUGGGCGGUUCUUCUCUUUUAUCAGGAUUGGAUCAGUGGCGGCUGCAACAAGGCCCGCAAUUUCCUUUCUUAGGCGGUGGGUUGGAUUCUUCCUCAGGAUUGUACCCAUUUGAAGGUACGUCUGUUGAACCGUCUGGCUAUGGAGCGAGUCAGAUGAUCCGACCCAAGUUAUCCAACUCCGGGAUGGCCACCCAGGUGGCGUCUGUGAAAAUGGAGGAGAAUCAAGAGCUAAAUUUUUCAAGGCAGUUGAUGGGGAUGCCCGGAAACGAGCAUUACUGGGGCGGAACACCAUGGACAGAUCUAUCGAGUUUUAGCUCUUCAUCCACUAGUAAUCCCUUAUGAAGCUUCGGUUUUUUGUUAGUGUAGCUUCAAUUAUAAAGAAAAUUAACUAUGAGAAGGAAGAUGGAGACUCAAGGACUACUUAGCUUCUCCAACCGAAAACCCUAGAAUUGGUAGGUUUUUUUUUUUUUUUUUCGAGAUUAUUUAGUUUUAGAUUGCAAUGUAUGAGAUGAUGGUGAUCAUGUUUGCAAUAGUGAGUGUUUCUGCUUAUGGUGUUUGUAUGAGAAAUGUUGAUGAAAUGCACUUUGUGCAAAAUAGUUCUAAUUAAUUCAGUUUCUAUAU